GUCUGCUGUGUGCGAGUGGGAGAUGGACCGAGGGCGCUCUUCCGAUUAGCGAAUGCUAAAAGAGUCUCACAUAGCAAGAACUAUUGAUAUAUCAGACUUGAUUGGCUUUAACCUGAAAACAAAACAAAUAAGUUUACUGUCUUUCACAUCCGCUCCACACACACCAACACGGGAUUGAUGGUAAUGUAUGCAAGGAAACCAGCGAGACUCGGCGAUGGGUGCAACGAUCGAAGGGACUCACAGCCCUAUCAGACUCUUAAAUACUCAUCGAAGAGUCACCCCGGUAGCGACCACCGGCAUGAGAAGAUGCGAGACCCUGCUGAUGCCACCCCACCGUGCAAAAUCCUGCGGCGAUCUGACAGCCCAGACAACAAACACACCGACAAUUCCAGUCAUGGCCGGGCGAAAGCGAUCCACACACACAGAGGCAGAGAGAGGGAUGGAGGGACCAGUUAUUCCCCUCAGGAGAACUCCCACAACCACAGUGCUCUGCACAGCGCCAACUCCCAUUCCAACCCCAGCAGGACGGCUGACACACCCUAUGAGCCUGCAGAUGACUGGUCCGAGCACAUUAGUUCCUCUGGGAAGAAGUACUACUACAACUGCAGGACGGAGGUCUCACAGUGGGAGAAGCCCAAGGAGUGGCUGGAAAGAGAGCAGAGGCAGAAAGAGGCUGCUAAGACGACGGUAGUCAACAGCUUCCCCAAAGACAGAGACUACAGACGGGAGGCCAUGCAGGCUACGGUUGCCUCCAACUUCCCUAACAAGUCGGCAUCGGAGAAGCCUUCCUCCCUGUCCUGCACGUCUCAGUCCUCCUCUUCCUCGGCGUCCGUGGCCAGCGGCGCCGCUCAGGCCGGCUCGGCCUCCGUCUCCACGGUGCCCGUCUCCCCGGUGCUGCAGUCCCCGGCCGCGCCCACCCUGCUCCAGGACCCGUCCCUCCUGAGGCAGCUGCUGCCCGCGCUGCAGACCGCCCUGCAGCUCAACAACGCCAGCGUGGACAUGGCCAAGAUCAAUGAGGUUCUGACAGCAGCCGUGACUCAGGCGUCGCUGCAGUCUAUGCUGCACAAGAUCCUCACGGCCGGCCCGUCUGCCUUCAACAUCACCUCCCUGCUCUCCCAGGCUGCCCAGCUGUCUAACCAAGCCCAGCAGUCCAGCCAGUCGCCCAUGUCUCUGACUUCAGACGCCUCGUCGCCCCGCUCCUACGUGUCCCCCCGGAUCAGCACCCCCCAGACCAACACCGCGUCCCACAAGCCCCUGCUCAGCACGCCGCCCGUCGCCACGCAGACCAAGGCGAGCACACCUGUUGUAAAGGCCGGCUCUCACCCGCAACCCUCUCCCCAGCAGCCCCUCUCCUCCGACAAGCACCACGACACGGCCAGCUCUCCCCGCAACCUGCAGAGGCAGAGCAGUCAAAGAAGCCCCUCCCCUGGCCCCAACCAUGUCGCCGCGAGCAACAGCAGCACCAGUAACAACGGCAGCAGCAGUAGAGUGGGCGUGGCAGCCGGUGCCAGUGGUGGCGCCCAGGUGGACCCCACGGGACGGUCGGCGUGCUUCACCCCCUCCCUGGCGGCACACUUUGACGAGAACCUCAUCAAGCACGUGCAGGGCUGGCCUGCAGAGCAUGUCGAGAAACAGGCGUCUCGGUUACGCGAGGAGGCCCACACCAUGGGCAGCAUCUACAUGUCGGAGAACUGCACCGAGCUGAAGAACCUGCGCUCUCUGGUGCGGGUGUGUGAGAUCCAGGCCACGCUGCGCGAGCAGAGGAUACUGUUUUUGAGACAGCAAAUUAAGGAACUUGAAAAGCUGAAGAAUCAGAAUUCCUUUAUGGUGUGAGGACUUGCGUUGCCGGAGUGUUGGGGAUCUGGAAAAGAGUGGAGAGGAGAGAGGGGCAGAAGGGUGUGUGGGUGUGUGUGUGUGUGUGUGUGUGUUUGCGUGUGUGGGUGCAUGUGUGUUGGUGUUUGUGUGGUGCAUCAACCUGUUGCACACAUUCAGAACCCUGGAGAGCCACAGUUGUGCUGUUUGGGCCCAGCUGUGCCCGUAAACAGAACUGCAUCCACUUUUGGACCAAGUGGGAGAAUGUGUGUGUGUGUGUGUGUGUGUGUGUGUGUGUGUGUGCGCGCGUGUGUGUGUGUGUGUAUUGGUGUUAGGGUGGAUGUGACGGGGUGUUGAAACAGGACCGCCCCACGCCUCUCCUCUCCGCCCUGAGCGUGUAGAUUUCCAGUAGAUGUUAUUUCCAUGUUUGUAAAUAGGUUUUGUAGAAGCCAUGGAAAGCCAUGCCUAUCAGAGAAACAGAAGAAGAAGAAGAAGAA